GAUAUCAUCCGCUUCCCGCCAACCAAGACGCUGACUAUCCGUGAGAAGGAUCUGCUGUGGAAGUUCCGAUUCUACCUCACACGAGACAAGCGCGCGCUCACGUUCUUCCUCAAGUGCGUAGAUUGGUCAGAUGAUGGAGAGGUAGGCGUAGUACGCCGAUACAC